CUUCCCCGGAUCACGUGCUCUGUAGCCGUCACGUGUUCCUGAUCCCUCGGCGACCCGGCAGUGACGUGUUCGGGGCUGGCGAUGGUGGAUCGUGCUGUGUGUGAGGUCUGUUUUGGAUUAGUGAUCACCUGGAAUUUGGGGUAAGAUGGCAAGCGCAGGUCCAGCUACUUCUACAUCUGCGGAGAAUUCAGGCCCUGGAGCCAGUGGAAGCAGCAAUGGAGAGGGAAGCAGCCAGGACAGCACAUUCGAAUGUAACAUCUGCCUGGAUACAGCCAAGGAUGCAGUGAUAAGCUUGUGUGGCCACCUCUUCUGCUGGCCAUGCUUACAUCAGUGGUUGGAAACUCGGCCUAAUCGUCAGGUGUGUCCUGUGUGUAAAGCCGGAAUCAGCCGUGAUAAAGUAAUACCUUUGUAUGGAAGAGGAAGUACGGGGCAAGAAGACCCUCGUGAGAAAACGCCCCCACGACCUCAAGGACAGAGACCAGAGCCAGAGAACCGAGGGGGUUUUCAAGGCUUUGGAUUUGGAGAUGGUGGAUUCCAGAUGUCAUUUGGAAUAGGAGCAUUUCCCUUUGGAAUGUUUGCCACAGCGUUCAACAUCAAUGAUGGUCGUCCCCCACCAGCAGUCCCUGGAACACCACAGUACGUUGAUGAGCAAUUCCUAUCACGGCUUUUCCUUUUUGUUGCCUUGGUCAUAAUGUUUUGGCUUCUGAUCGCUUGAAAGUCUCUUGACAUCCAGUGGGUGGCACUAAGGACUGGGUGCCCAUCAUGACAUAUACCCCAAUCCCUGACAUAUCUUAUCCUGGACUUUACCCUCUAUUCUCCUCUGGCCUCUGAUGUGCUACUCCUACAGUCAUAGUCUAUAAGCUGUUGGCUGUUUGAAAACUCAGAAUAAGAAGCACAAUAGUAUUAUUGGCUGUGGAGGAGCAGUUCCAGCGCAAGAUAUGGUUUGCAAGCAUUCAUUUAUUUGGCCAUGAUAAAUGUGAUUAUAGCAAGAUUAAAUGGGAGCUGUCUGAACUUACUGGAUAUAUGAGCAAUGUGGUCAGAAAAAUAAGAAUAAAAAGCACAUGAUGUGUAGGAAAUGCAAAGAAAGGACUGUAUAAGCAGAAUGCACUGCAGAUAAUCGCCAACAUUUGACACAACAGAAGACUUGUGGGAGCUGAGAGCAGUGCUGUAGCUGUGUAUAAUGCACCGCUGAAAUGACGCUAGGCACAAGAGUGCAAAAAAAAUAAUCUACACCGAUUAAAGAGAGGAAAUCCCAAAUGCCUAGGGUUCCAGGGAGCACCGAAGACAAAAAGGGCCAAGAAGCUGGGGUACAGAGAGAAUUUAUUAUUUUUGGAGAACGUACACAGAGGACUGGAUACGCCAUGCUAUCUUGGCUAUAUGUAUAUAUUCUCUCUGUGCUUUGAACUUUGGGUGGAAUGGGAAGGUUUUGAUUCCUCAAUUUUAUGAGAUUUUAAAUCUAUACUGUGAUUAAAUGUUAAUUUUAA